AUGAAGCGUCAACGCAGCCCAGACAACUCUGCCGAGGAAGGCAGAAGUGCCCAAAAGCCCAAGGUAUCAUCGAGCGGCUCUAGGGAACCCCAAACUGGGCAAUCUGGCAGGGUACGUUUUAAGCUCCGCAUCUGGACGAGCCUUGGUUCAAUUCGCAAGGCAGAACUGAAUGACCCCAGACGGUCUCCUAUCGGGAGAGCGGGGAUAUCAGCCGAUUCAAAUAGCCUGCAGGCACCUUCAGGAGCCGGGACCGUAUCUCAAGUUAGAGCCAACGCUGGAGAAACCGCACAGCAACCCAUGGCGGCGGCCGCCAGAAGGGGACAAAUUUUGACAGAAGAGAGUCUUGGCGAAGAUGAUGAUGCCAGCGAUGACGAGGAUGACAAGAGCAAUGGCGACUUUCAAAUGUGGUUAGAAGAUAUUGGUGGCCAUGCUGCAUUGCAACCUCUUGGGAGCACUUCACCUCCUACUGAAAGGCCCCAAAUCGUAAGCUGCGAGGCCAGACUUAUCAGACGCGACAAAAUGCGCGCGUCAUUCUGGCAAGAAUUGGAGAAGCCAUCUUCAGAGACCUCGGAUCUUGCCUUCAACCUAUUCGAUCGAUAUGGACGCCUCGAUCGAGAGUAUUACGAGCAUGAUUUCAGGAAGGGUACCGGUGUUUGGGGUAAUGAGCUUGACAGGGGAGACUUGCUUCUGUUCGAAAGCCUUCAGGUCGGCUACGAGUGGCGACGACGUGGUAUUGGAAGAAAGGUUGUCGACGCUGUUCUGGAGAGAACGAGGAAGAAAGUUGAUGAGAAUACAGGCUUCUACGCCGUAGUUAGACCUGGUUUCCUUCUCUCAGAAUUUGAUCGAUCGGAAGAUUUUGGAGAAAGAGAGAUGAGAAUCGCUCAGAGUUUCUGGCGAUCCCUCGGCUUUCGCAGGGUCGAUGGCCUCAGACACAUUUUUCGGAAGCUGGAGGACCCCGCCACGGAAGAGGCAGAGUGUGUCAGCGAGCUGGAGCAGAACUUCCCAAAUGACCUCGAAGACCCCCGGUGGCUAGUCGUCGAUGAAAAGGGCAACACUGCACUUCACAUCGCCGCGAUGUCACUGAAACCAAAGCCUGUGAGGUUCAUCUUGUCGAAAGCAAGUCAGUUGGCCGCAGCGCGUAACAAGCAAGGUUACACUCCGGAAGAAGCCCUACGGAAUCGGCUAGAGCAUCGAAGAACAAGAGGACAAGAUGGGCGAAGACUCUUAGUAGAGCCCGACGAAUUCAAGGGCUUUGAUGCUCCAGCCAUUGAAUGCAUGGCCACUCUCCAGGGUACCAAUGCCUUUGAUCUCUCGACUCUGUCCAUUCUAGAUAUCGAGGCCGCUUCAUAUGCUACAGAGGAUCAAGUGCGAAGUGUCCCUCAAUUCGACAUUCCCGGAAUUCGGAACACCUUGAGACUCAAGUACGGUUGCACAUGUGGAAAAUGUAUUGGCGGCUUCUUAAGCCCUCGGAUGAUGUUUGCGCUCCAAAGUACAGCCAAAAUCCAGUACGGUUUGUUGACUGGUGGCAUCUACGAAGCAAGCGGACCAGAUUGGGUCGAGGAUAACGAAGAUUCCCUGAUUUACCUACCCGCCCGCGUCCGAGACAACUUGAGAACAAACAAGUCCAUGCGGCAAGGGUUUGCGAACAUGUUUGAUCACAUAGCUGAAUGUCUGUGCCGCAAAAGGAUUCCAUCGGAGUAUUCGGUCCUUGAGGUGCUUCGACUGUACCAGAGCGAGUGGCCUCCAGUAACGAAGAAUUUCCUCCAACGUGGAGGGUCUGUAGCGGCGGUGGCGAAUCUUGUGUUUAAGAGGACUAGGGAGGCUGAUGAGUGGGCCGGGGAUGGAUCGCACAGAGGUGAUUUCGGCGAGGAGAUCGAUGAGCUUCCCGAGUGUAGAAAUGACCACGAGUUCGGCUUUGUUAGCGCUACGUGCGGGUACUCGGAUAAGGUGGAAAGCCCGCCCCAUUACUGGCUGUCUUAUUAUUGA